AUGCCAAACUUCGACAAAUACGCCCAAGACAUCCACCUCGAAUUCCACGACAACGGCUGCUACCUCGUCUGUCUUCUCGCCACCGGCAGCGAUUGGAAAGGCAGCGAAGGCAAUGGCUGGAACAAAUCUACGCUCAACCUCGACGAGAAAAUCGCCAACACCCUCAAUGAGAACGGAUACGCUGAUCUUGGAUAUAAUGACCAAGGCGGUUUUAGUAAGACGUCUCGCAAUAUCAAACUGGAGGAUAACGGGAGACGAUUGACCGCGGAGGUGAAACGAGGCGACACUAACGAGUGGAAGCCGAGGUAUACUUUGCUGUACCAGCUGAUCGCGAAUGAGUUUGGGUAUCUGAAGUGGGGGACGGGGGGGAUGUUUGGAUAG